ACUCAAUUUGUGCAAUUGUAGGCACAAGAAAUACUUCACUCUGUAUAUUCUAACACGGCCCUCACAUACGUGCAUGCAUAUUAAAACAAUUAUAGUUCUUUUAGCCAAAUACAAGCCUAUUUAGUAUUUGCAUAAAUAUUUCUUUUAAAUAUAAUACAGACGGUGGCGAUGAUGGUGGAGAUGGAUUGCCGCAGCUGCGAGUGGAGGGCGAGGACCGCGGCUAAAAGGAUAAAAGGCGUGACUCGGGUCGACGUUGAUGCGGACAGGGAGAAGAUGACGGUGGUGGGGUACGUGGACCCCGUGGAGGUGUUGGAAAAGGUGAGGCGCGCGACGGGGAAGAGGGUGGAGUUUUGGCGGCCGGAGAUGGAGGACCUCCGGCCAUGCAGUGUUUCGGCGGCGACGGCGGUGUACGAGACAAGGGAUCCCUCCCCAAGGCACACGGUGGAGAUGAAGGUGGAGAUGGAUUGCAGUGUGUGCAAGCGGAGGGCAAGAAGGUCAAUGCAGAAAAUGAAAGGCGUGGUAUAUGUCGAUGUCGAUGCAGACCAGCUGAAGGUGACGGUGAUGGGGUACGUGGACCCCGAAAAGGUUUUGGACGAGAUGAGGCGUGCGACGGGGAUGAAGGCGGAGUACUGGCGGCCGGAGACGGCGGUGAACCGCGUGCCCGUCGACGGCAACAAUUCUAUGGGCUCAACCCUUGCAUAUGCAAGUUCUUCUGAUUUCAUGGCAGUCACAACCUUUAAUGAUGAGAACCCAAAUGCUUGUGCAACAAUGUGAUAUAUAUAUAAAUGUUGGGGGGAGAAAAUAAGUUAAGGUUUUAAUAAUCAUAUGUAUGGCAGUAUCAUAAUGUAAGAUUAUAUCCCAAUAAAGUGACAUUUUGAUCCUGUGCAUAUUUUGUUUGAACCCAUCAUGAGUAUGGUAGGAUCAUAAUGAAACAUUUAUUUUUUUGUAUAAAUAUAUUUAUCAACAAUUAAAGAAUUAUAUUGAAGUCUGUUAACAGACAAAUAGACAAACUAAAUUUUAAUUUGGGGG